UUCACAAUCCCAGACCCCACUCGCCGCACGCUGCGAGUACCUGUCUCGCAUUAAUGGGUUGAAAUCAGCUUGAGUAUCUACGACCCUCUCAUUUUCGCAUCGGUCGCCCAGACGGGGAGACCGUCACAAUGUCAUCUUCACAGCCUCCGCAAAACGGCAAUGCGGACUCCCAAGGGAAAUCCGCAGCAAAGCCAUUCUCCCUCUCCCUUGGCGGCGGAAACUCCACAGCAACAACAACAACAACGCCAGUAAACGGUCAACCCAAGAAGACAGCCUUCAAUCUCCAAGGCCCAACGCGAUCCACCGACUCACCUAACCGAACCCUCGCGCGCCGACCUCACCACCUCCACGAUGACGAAGACUCGGACGAGGAAGCACCACCCGUCCACGAAGCCGUCACCGGAUUCGACACCUUAACCGGCACCGCCAUUCCCGCCAACAAGCCCGCCGAAAAGCGCGAGCUGGUUAUCCCCGUCGCGGGGAACAAUAACUGGCGAGACCGGCCGGGGGUGAAUCUUCGGAAAUCGAAGGGAAAGAAUCUCCUCCCGAAGGAAGUUCAAGCCAUCCAGGAAGCGCAGAAACGGGGCGAAGUGGCGGGCGAGAAUGUUGAGACCGAGCGGCCGAGUAUGGCCUAUGGGUUGACUUUCGCUCAGCGGGAUUCGGAGCAGGUGGGGGUGCAGCCGGAUAAUGAUCGUCCUAUGCUGGAUGCUCCGGAGCCUGCUGCUGCUGCUGCUGCUGCUGCUGCUGCUGCUGUGGCUGAGGAACGGAAACCGCUUACGCAGGAUGAGAUUGCCCUGCAGGCGCUUAUUCGGGAGACGAAUGGUGAGCCGGAGAGGAGGUCGGAUCUUGUGAUUGAGUCGGCGAAUCGGGAUGAUGGUGAUGAAAGGGCGGGCGGGCGAUAUGAUGAGACGACUUCGUUUCGGGCGGAUAUUGCUUCGCGUCCGGAGUCGGCGAGCCUCGAUCAGUAUAAUGCGAUUCCUGUGGAGGAGUUUGGCGCGGCCCUGCUACGAGGUAUGGGGUGGAAGGAAGGUCAGGCUGUCGGGAGAGGAAAAUAUGGUGGGGCUUCUGGGAAUCAGGAUAAUAAGCCGCGGAUUCCGGAGCGGCGGCCUGGGUUCUUGGGCAUCGGAGCGAAGGAUGCGUCUGGGGGGAAGGGUGCAGAGGCUGAGCUCGGUGCAUGGGGAAAAGCGGCCAUGCGCAAGGGGUCCAGAAAGGCAGGGAAAGAGGGCGAGUCUAAUACGGAGGGCGUGUAUAUGCCCAUCAUGAUGCGGAACACCAAAACCGGCGAGUUCAUCACAGAGGAGGAACUCGCAGCUCAACGGAAGGACGUCAAGAAACGGGGCGACGAUGAUGACUGGAAAGAAAGGCGCGAUCGCAAUUUGGAAAAGAGUGGACGCGAUAGAGAUCGUGAUCAUCGCGAUCGCGACUCUCGCCGCCGUGACUACGAUGACGACGAUAGCGAUCGCUAUGACAGACGGCGGACAGGAUCAUCUAGAAGAGACCGCAGCUUGUCGGCCAGCGACCGACACUCAAGACGGCGCAAAUACGGGGAUGAAGAUAGCGACAGUCGAGAUGAUCGCUACUAUCGGGACCGUGACUCUCGCCGGGAUCGGGAUCGGAAUGGGAAUGGGGACCGGGACCGAGAACGCGAUAGGGAUAGAGAUCGGGAUCGGGACCGCAGCAGACGGUAUCGUGAUGAUGAUCGCUAUUCGAGCUCAAGACACUCUUCGUCGCAUACAUCGAGUAGACAUCGGGAUCGGGAUCGAGAGCGCGAUAGCGAUCGCGACUCGCACCGGAGACGGAGAGACGAUGAUCGAUGAAUGCAAUUAGUCGUCUUUGUAUCUUAUAGAGAGUUAUAAAAUCUGUCUAUACCAUGAUUUUUAUACCAUUAGCAGUGUGCUGGGUGAAGGAAGACGGAGAUGGUUGCGUGGUUGGCAAAAGUUGUCCUUGGUGACGCUGAUGAUGUUACCGAUCUACGAAUGCCCCAACGCGUAAACAUGUGAAAUAAUGGUC